AUGAUCCUCCGCCCAAUUCAGUUUCGUCCUGCGAAAGGACCUUCUCUGCCGCAAUUCCUGCUCAAGCAACAGCCUCUUUCCCGUCGCACCUUCCACGCCUCGUCCAUUCGCCGUGAUGCUGGCCUCCCUGAUCACUAUGCGACCCUGGGCUUAGACUCAACUGCCACUGCUGGAGAUAUCAAGAAACAGUUUUUCCAGCUGAGCAAGAAACACCAUCCCGACCACAACCCCGACGACCCAAAAGCCGCCGACCGCUUUGUCAAAGUCUCCGAAGCCUACCAUGUCCUAGGCAGUGCUGAGAAACGUGCCAGCUACGAUCGUGACUUCCUCCGCGCCUCACAACCCUCCUCCCAUCCGCAAGGCUCCUACAGCAGUACCGGUCCGGCAGGAGGCCGUCCAGCCACCGGUCUCAGUCGACGACGCACACAGUUUAAAGGUCCGCCUCCGUCCUUCUAUCGUAGCGGUGGUUGGGGCAAUUUCAGCCAGAAGCGAUCAGAGUACGCCUCACAGGGCUCCCAUCAGCACGAGGCUGCUGGCUCCAGCGCACAUGAUGCACCUGGCACUGGUCCUUCUGGAUACCAGGCUGGCUUCAACAAUGAUGUGCCGCACUUUGAUCGCGACGGUCACUUCCGCACUCAAGACAAUGUCAUGAAGAAUAGACACAAGGCUAGGCGGCGAAUGGAUGGUGUAACCACAGACGACAUCCUUGGGAGCACGAGCAUGCUGGUCAACUUCGUCCUCUUGAGUGGCGUACUGGCUGUCAUUUUUGGCGUUAGCGGCUUCUUGUUUAGAAAGAACAACGAGAAGAAGAAGACUCCCGCUUGA